AUGGGCCGCCUCCAAGAAUCAAAGGGAUUGCCUCCAAUUACUAUUGUUCCAAUUAGUGAUGAAAUCCUCCUAAUAGGGUUGGGUGUUCGUGAGUUGGGAUAUCAUGUGAUGGAUCCUGUGAAGGCAGCAGAGAUGGUAGAUGAGAACACCAUCUGUGUUGCAGCAAUUCUUGGAUCAACCUUGACGGGAGAGUUUGAGAAUGUGAAGCUUCUGAAUGAACUGCUUGUCAAAAAGAAUAAGGAGACAGGGUGGGACACCCCAAUCCACGUUGAUGCUGCCAGUGGAGGGUUCAUAGCCCCAUUCCUUCACCCUGAGCUGGAGUGGGAUUUCCGCAUGCCCCUGGUGAAGAGCAUAAAUGUCAGUGGCCAUAAGUAUGGGCUUGUCUACGCUGGUGUUGGGCGGGUUAUUUGGAGAAGUAAAGGAAGAUGCAUUUGCCUUGUGCCCGCCUUGUCAACGGAACAUGAUACUCUACAUUUCAAAUGA